CGUCCCUUCCUUCCAUCCCCCUGGCUUGAUUUCGAAGAAAUCUCUGAUACAAAUUCUGCUCUCUCCCUCGAAUACUGUAACCGGAGAACGAGAAAGCAGUCCCUCAAAGCCAGCUCCGCACUCUCUCUUCUUCAACAAUGGCGACUGCUGCCGUCGAGAUGAAGCGACCGGAUUCAUCGAUAGGAGAUCAGGCUUCUUCCGUCAAGGGCGUGUCCAAGCAGGGCGAAGGGCUCAAGCAAUAUUACCAGCAACACAUCCACGAGCUCCAGCUCUUGGUUCGGCAGAAGAGUCACAAUCUUAAUCGUCUCGAAGCGCAACGGAAUGAGCUCAAUUCUAGAGUGAGGAUGCUAAGGGAAGAGCUGCAGCUGCUUCAGGAGCCUGGGUCUUACGUCGGGGAGGUUGUCAAAGUGAUGGGCAAAAAUAAGGUCUUAGUAAAGGUCCAUCCAGAGGGGAAAUAUGUUGUGGACAUUGACAAAAGUAUCGACAUCACGAAGAUCACGCCUUCGACAAGGGUGGCUCUUCGUAAUGACAGCUAUGUUCUUCACCUUGUGUUGCCCAGCAAGGUGGAUCCUUUGGUCAAUCUUAUGAAAGUUGAAAAGGUUCCAGAUUCUACCUAUGAUAUGAUUGGUGGGCUCGAUCAACAGAUUAAAGAGAUGAAGGAGGUCAUUGAACUUCCAAUUAAGCAUCCUGAAUUGUUCGAGAGCCUUGGAAUUGCUCAACCAAAGGGUGUCCUACUGUAUGGUCCACCUGGAACUGGGAAAACUCUGUUGGCUAGAGCUGUUGCCCAUCACACUGACUGCACUUUCAUCAGGGUCUCUGGUUCUGAAUUAGUUCAGAAAUACAUUGGUGAAGGCUCCAGAAUGGUUCGAGAACUUUUCGUCAUGGCAAGAGAGCAUGCACCUUCCAUCAUCUUCAUGGACGAAAUUGAUAGUAUUGGGUCUGCUCGAAUGGAAUCAGGAAGUGGCAAUGGUGAUAGUGAGGUGCAGAGAACUAUGCUUGAGCUACUCAAUCAGCUUGAUGGAUUUGAAGCAUCUAACAAGAUCAAGGUCCUGAUGGCCACAAAUCGUAUUGAUAUACUUGAUCAAGCUCUGCUCAGGCCUGGACGAAUCGACAGGAAGAUCGAAUUCCCUAAUCCUAAUGAAGACUCUCGCUGGGAUAUCUUGAAAAUCCAUUCAAGGAGAAUGAACUUGAUGCGUGGGAUUGACCUGAAGAAGAUAGCAGAAAAGAUGAACGGGGCAUCCGGUGCAGAGCUCAAGGCGGUGUGCACAGAGGCAGGAAUGUUUGCACUUAGGGAGAGGAGGGUGCACGUAACACAGGAAGAUUUCGAGAUGGCGGUGGCCAAGGUCAUGAAGAAGGAGACGGAGAAGAACAUGUCGUUGAGGAAGCUGUGGAAGUAAUUUGACUAUACAGGGGACGGAGAGUUGCAUAUGUUCGAUUUCUUUGAACUAAGCUUGACAAACUGAACUGAAACAGUGAACAAAUGAGCCUAUCUGCUCUCUCUCCCUAGUGGUCACUGCUUGUAUUUUCGAUCCACAAUGCAGGAAUGGUGCUAGAAUGGGCAAGCCCCUUGCCCUUGUUGGCUGUUGCUACUCGGAAUCACAUGCCCUUCUCUAUUGUAAAACAAAAUGAAAACGUGUUGGUUCCAAGUGUAUGAUCUACCUCUAUGUAGUUGAAGUGUCCCUUUGUCCUUUCAAAUGCAUUCCCUUUAAUUACUGUUGUUUUCAGCUUCUGUAUCAAGGGUUGCUCAGCUUCAUAUUCAAUUCCUGCCAUCUUGUGAUGCAAUUUCUAGGGCGAAUGUUGAAGUUUUACCUUCCGCUACAUACAUGAAUAUCUCUCAAUAUCACCAAUAUUAAUCAUUGUCUUAACCCGCAUUCGAACCAAUAAGUUGGCAAACUAGCAAGAGAUGAGAUGCAAUCCAGCCCCAAAGUAGAAACUAGAAGUGUACGUCAAGUCGCCCCCCAGGGGGUUUAUUCCAGAAGUCGACAUAUCGUAUCAUCACAUCACCAAUUAAAGUUGGAAGACUUCCACGCUUUUAGGAUCCUUUUGUUUUUCCCACAUUUCACACUUGGACUUGACAUGGACCUAUCUUAUAUAUUAUAAAUGUCAUCAUUAUAAUGAGCAACGACAAUACCAUGUUCCCUACUCCAAAACGUACGUUUGUUGAUAGUUAUGGAAAAAUUGAAUGUUUGUCAAUUCGACUUGAGUUAUCCGUAUAUUGUGAUCAUAGAUAGAUACAAAUGUACGCAUAUUAUUAAUCUAAUUUCUUACUUGAAUUAUGUACGUCAUCUCAAAUAACAAUGCAUUUUUACAAAUAUGACUUGUCUAUUCGUUAAGAUAAUGACUGCCUUGUUUGAUGAAUAUAAAGCUCAUGACAAAAUACACAAUUUACCGUCUAGAAUCAGAGGUUCUAAACUAACCUUAAAAUUCCUGAAUACCCUGCUUUGCAAGUUACAAUUGCCUUCUAUUCUUGUCUUUCUAGAAAGAUUGGAAAAUGGAGUGCAGGAAAUGCAAAGGAGAGGAGAAGAGAGGGGGCAAGCCACGCAAUCAACAGUCAAUGUUUUGUAUCUAAUUGUUCUGGAAUCUGGAGCAAUUGAUGGCGGGAUGAAGGCUUAGUAUCCUAUUUUCAGGGUCUCUCUAAUUAUGAUUGUUCCACUAUGCAUGCAUGGGUUUACUAUUCGACGUAUUUUUUUCACUCAUUAGGUUAACCAUUGGAGUAAACCAAACGGCUGACUUUAUAUGAGACGUACGUGAGUGUCUUCUUAUUAGUGGGAAGCAUGACUAUCUUGGCAGAAAUUAUAUUCCAUUUGCAUAUAGUUUUAUUUUUAUUAGUGUAUCUGAUAAACCAACAAGUCAUGAUAACUUGAGUUGUUGGGAGAAGUUCAUGUAUAGAUCUUAUCAUUAGCUUCCUCACACUUUUACUCCAACGAAAAACCAGCGGAUCAUGCGGUUGAAGUUUGCACGGACUCACCAUACCACAGUGGCGGAUCCAGAAAUUCUAAAUAGGGGUGUCCUCUUCAAAAAUUAAAUUAAAUAUUAAAAUUAAAUUAAAUAAUUAUUAAAUAUGAAAAUAUCUUACUAAUAAAAGUUACAUUAAAAG